GGAGCACAGGACACAGGAUUGUGUUGAGACGGUUCUGGAAUAACUCCAGCCUCUCUGGGCAGUCUGUACCAGUGCUCAGUCGCAUGCACAAGAAUUAAGUUCUUCCUCGUGUCCAGGUGGAACAUCCAGGGCAUCAGUUUCUGCCCGUUGUUUCUCAUCCUGGUGGGUGGCUGCACCAAGAAGAGCUCGGCACCAUCCUCUUGAUGUGCAUACCUAGAUGUUUAUCUCUCUUCAGCGUCUGGGAGCAUUGUUUUGAAGAAUGUCUGGAAGUUUCUACUUCGUGAUAGUUGGUCAUCAUGAUAAUCCCAUAUUUGAAAUGGAGUUUCUGCCUCCUGGAAAAGUAGAGUCAAAGGAUGAUCAUCGCCAUCUCAACCAGUUCAUUGCCCAUGCUGCUCUUGACCUCGUAGAUGAGAACAUGUGGCUUUCUAACAACAUGUAUUUGAAGACUGUGGACAAGUUUAAUGAAUGGUUUGUUUCUGCUUUUGUCACAGCUGGACAUAUCCUUCCCUAUUCUCUUUCCUUAUAUUUAUGUAUGAAAAGCCUUUUCCCAGAAAGAGGUAAGUUAGAUAAAGUGAGUUUGGAACAGAUUUCUCUGGCUAUUUGCUAUUAUUGUUAGAGUCAUCAGCUUCAGGAAAAACUAUAUUGGGAGGCACAGCAGAUGGGAACAGUUGGAAAGAUGGAUUAUUACCUUUGUAGGAGCCAAAAUAGCAUCUUGAAAUGUGGUACAUGGAGUAAAGAGCUAUGAGAGGCUCUGAGCAAGCUUUUAUGAUUGUCCCCACCUUGCUGGAGAGGAGAUGUUGCAGUGAACAUGCCUGGUGUCAGUCACUCCAAUGGUGAAAGUGCAGUGAGGCUUGAUACUAUGUACAGGUAGUCCUAGAACUGUUUGUUGAGAAACAUUUGUUACACAUGGCAAGUAACAUUGAAUGACAUUUUAACUUUAGGAGUACAUGGCUGAAGUGCAGGGGGCAUCAUCCAUGUUCAGAAUUACAUUGUUUUAAAAAAGAAACCUUGGAUGGAGAGGUGAUUUUUUUUCAAAUAGGGAGAUGUUAAAAUAUAAAGGUAAUGCUUUCCAAAUUUCAUUGCUUCAAUGUGGAGACCCUGGGGGGCAUCCCUUGGGUUGGGGAAACAGAAGAAGCUUCCCUCAAAAAGCCGAUAAAACCCCCUUGGCUCCUUCCCCUGUUCCUAUGUCAGUUCCUGUGUCCCUGAGCCACUCCUUGCCUAUUCCCUGAUUGGCCCUUAUCUUUGUACUGCCCCAAGACCAGGGUCACCCCGGGCCCUUUGAGACAGAGAAACCUGCACCCUCCAUGUGUGUGUGCCUGGGACUCUGAACAUCUCACUGUGUGGCUGAAUUAAACAUCUGUGGAUUCCAUGCAAAGGCCCUUUCUGCUUCUUUACCCUGGACUUUACUAGCAGCUAUUCAGGCUGCAACACUUCAAUUAAUUUUUAAAUGCUUCCUCCUAUGAGUCACUGCUAUUUCAUGUAUAGCUAAGCAUUUUAGAUAUACAUUGAAUCAGGUGUAAAUGCUUAUCUCAGGAUAUUGUCUCUUUUCUUUGUGAAAGUUUUAUUCUCCUUAAUUAUUGUACAUAUGAGAUUUAUAAUGCUUCAUGAUGUAAGGCAAGAAGAUGGAAUUAAGAACUUCUUUACUGAUGUAUAUGAGUUGUAUAUAAAGUUUGCAAUGAAUCCAUUUUAUGAACUCAAUACUCCUAUUCGAUCCACUGCCUUUGAAAGGAAAGUCCAGUUCCUUGGGAAGAAACACCUUUUAAGCUGAAUAAAUAAAUCUCCUGAGUGAGUGCUUUUUCCCUGCUUUCCUGAUUGUUUGAACUGUACUUCGUCUGGUUAGUCCCCUGCAUGUUUUGUAUUCAUCUUCUGAAGACUAAUCGGAUGCUGAAGCAGCUUUUUCUUUUGCUGAUAUAGAUAAGAACAGCCAAGCUUCUCUGGUUAAAAAGGUUUAUCUCGAGAAGUUUCCUUUUAUGUGAUAUGAAAAUGAAGUUUUAAACUGUCAGAGGCUGCAGAGGUACAAAAGAAAAAACUGGGACAUUAUGUGUUAAUGCAUAUGCAAAGUGUAAGCCUCUGACAUAGGGUGGGAGGAAAUAAGACCUAAAUGCAAAAGUUGUCACCAGUCAUCUGGUUUAAUAUGAGCAAAAGGGAAUUCUUGACUGUUUGGCCUAAGUGCUUAAUUUUAUUACAAACUUCCCUAGUUGUAUUCCUUCAGUAGAGAACUCACUCUGCAGACUAACUAGACUAACAUUACACACUGUGGUAGUAAAUCAAGCCUUUAUUUAUUAAUGUGUAAUUGUAUGUAUAUAAAGUACUCAAUAAAAAAUGGAUAGAUCAGAAAAGCUGUCUCCAGUACUUCAAGAAAUUUUGAGGAAAACCCCUCAAGUUUAAAAGUGUGUACUUUCAAAUUUUCUAUGCAUUUAGUGCAAUACACAUUUAGCUGCAGUGUUGCAUCAAUGAAUGAAGUAGACCAGAUCAGCCAGAUCUGCUCUGACAUUAAUUCUAAUUCACACAUGAAAAAAACCCAAACUAAAUUUACAUGUUUAAACCCAUGGGUUUUUUUUUUCCCAUUAUUUCUGCAACUGCUGAAGCUUUCUUUUUGUAAAUUAAUUUAGAGGAGGAUCUUUGAACCAUGAAACUGUAUUUGGUGACGUUUCAGAAAGGCAUUAUUUGGCCUGGCUCCUAUUCCAUUGCAAAAUCUUUUAGGAACCAUUUUGCAAAACUUAACAUCAUUCCAAACCAGUAAUUUUUAAAUAGAUCAUUUGGCAUAUAUAUACACCUAAUGCUUUGCUUGGGAUUAAAAUCUUAAGUAUUCUGUUUCUUUAUGCAGCAAAUCUGUAUAAGCUAUCUUGUACUUUUUUUUUUCAAUGUCUGAAAAGUAAUUUCCAAAGGAAGUGGCAUGCUGUUCUAAGAAGUAUUUCGCAUAGUCUGUAUAAUUAAGGGGACCACGUGUGUAUGUGCUGUAACUCAGUCAUUAUUUCUGCACUUACUGCUAAGCUGUCACUGUAAAAUGUUCCAUGAGAAAAAAGAACAUGAUAAAGAGGUUGCAAUAUUUACCUUAAAUAAAACAUGAAGUCUUGUAGUAUGGA